AUCCUUCCAGGCUUCCACUGAAAUCCACUACCAUCCCCAUCUCUCGCAUCGCACCCACCUCCCCCGAAACCCCCAAAUUGCAAUCUAGUCCAGACUCCAGAGGCGCCCCCAAAUCCGCGAGGAAUCUCGCAGUUCACCGAGUGGGUUCCACGGAUCGGCCGCCGCCCUGACCGUCUCCGGCGAAGAUGGGCAUCUCCAGCAUGCCGGCGCCCAAGGACAGCCUUCUGGCCUACGUCCUGUACAACGCGGCGGUGUCGAUCGCCAUCCUCGCCGACCUCGUGCGUUCCGCGCUGGUGUUCCUGGGCCUCGCCGUGCCACACGCCUGGGAGGACGGCAGCGAGGAGCACCAGCUCGCGGCGAUCGCAGCCGCGGCCGCGGCCGCGGGGCCGAGCCUCGCGGACAGGUUCCGGAGCAGGUUCAGGCCGUCGCGGUUCGGGCGCCGGCGAGGCGGGGUGGACUGCCGCGUGUGCCUCGCCCGGUUCGAGCCGGAGUCGGUGGUGAACCGGCUCCCCUGUGGCCACCUCUUCCACCGCGCCUGCCUCGAGACCUGGCUCGACUACGACCACGCCACCUGCCCGCUCUGCCGCCUCCGCCUCCUCCCCGCCGCCGACGACUCUCCCUCUCCGACUCCUCGCCUCGCCCGGAUUUAGAGAUAUCUCGCCGCUACUCACUCACCCGCUCCGCCACCGGGUCAGAUCGGCGUGGCCCUGCUGUGUCCGCGUAGGAAUUUGAGAGGCCUAUUUAGCUCUAGUGCUCCCAAUUAGUAGCUUUUUUUCCUCCUCCUCCUCCUCCUUUUCCGUGCCCUUUUUUGUUCCUUCUCUUUGCUUGUGUUUGCUGCCGUGCCAUGUAAAUAUUUGCAGAGUGCUCCGACGGAGGUGUAGCACUUGCACUACUGUGUACAGGCGAAGAGACGAGAAGAAAAAAAAAAAAAAAUUGAUGCCACUACUGUGCCGAUCCCCUUUUGCUUU